AUAAGGAGUAUGCGGGCAACCGGCAGGAGGACCGCCCGGUUUCCACCGGCUACUGCUUCCCACCUGCUAUCAGUUCCAGACUAUCUAUACAGCACGCGGACCGGACUACAAAGAAAUGAAAUUUCUCUCUUAUAGUAGUCCUUCAAGGAAAUCUUCUCAUCUUCCCUCCUGAUCUUGUUUGUCUUCUAGAAUUGAGCUUUCUUCUCAUCUCUUAUCCCUCCUCUCACAGACACUACACUACAUUACACCCAUUACAUUACACUACACCACACUACAUACAAAUCCUAUCACUAUGAAGGCCGCCCGCCGCCCGAUGCGGGCACUCGCCAGCGCCCCCGGCCGCCGCUAUGUCAGCCGCACCAGCAACGCAAAGUCGUCCGUCGUCGCCUCGCCUGCCUCGUCGACCACCACUCUGCAGCACCAGGUCUCCGCCUCCCUCCAGAGCACCGCCUCCUCCACCACUCCCCUCGCCAAGCUGCCCUUGUCGACCGUCCUGCGCUCGCUCGUCAUACUCUCCGUCUCGUCUUCCAAACUGCUGCUGAAGCCAUGCAUCUUCGCACUAUCCACGCUGGCCCACCCCAAGUCCGCCCUGCUCGACGUGGCCCGCAACCCGCUGCUAAACGCCGUCGUCAAGCACACCAUUUACAAGCAGUUUAACGCUGGCGAGAACAAGCUGGAGGUCACGCGCUCCAUCCGCGACAUCAAAUCGCUGGGCUACCGCGGAGUGCUGCUGGGGUACGCGCGCGAGGUGCUGGUGGGCGAGGGCAACGUCGACCCCUUCGAUGAGAAGCUCGCCCGCGAAGAGAUCCAGACCUGGCUUGAUGGAACGCUCAAGACGGUAGAUAUGGCGCAGGAGGGUGAUUUUGUGGCUCUCAAAUGGACCGGAAUGGGCCACCAGGUGCUCCACUACCUCCAGAACAAGCUGGACCCCUCGGAGCAGAUGGACAAGGCGAUCAAGCAGGUGUGCGACCUGGCGAUCGCGCGCAACGCACGGCUGCUGGUCGACGCCGAGGAGCAGGCGGUGCAGCACGGGAUCGAGAACUGGGCGCUGAGAUACCAGCAGUACUGCAACUCGCGGACGCCCGGCAAGGCGAUCUUCUUCAACACGUACCAGGCGUACCUGAAGUCGACCCCCGCCACGAUCUCACGCCACCUCGAGUUCGCGCGCGAGCACGGGUUCACGGCGGGCGUCAAGCUGGUGCGCGGCGCCUACCUGAAGACGGAGCCGCGGCACCUGAUUUGGGACGUGAAGGAGGACACGGACGCGUGCUACGACGGGGUCGUCGAGGCGCUCCUGACCCGCCGCUACAACGCGAUGCUCCGCCCGCACUCCGACAAGCACACCACCCAGCUGCCCCCGCUCAACGUCAUCAUCGCCACCCACAACCGCGACUCCGUCCGCAAGGCCCACGCCAUCCGCCUCGAGCAGGCCGCCGCCGGCGAGUCGCAGGGCGUUGACCUCAGCUACGCCCAGCUCCAGGGCAUGGCCGACGAGGUCAGCUGCGAGCUGCUCCAGGGCUUCCCCGGGGGAGACGCCGCCGCCACCAAGGAGUCGCCCAAUGUGUACAAGUUGCUGACCUGGGGUACGGUCAAGGAGUGCAUGGGUUUCCUGAUGCGCCGCGCCGUCGAGAACACCGAGGCCGUCGGCCGCACCAAGCAGUCGCAGGAGGCGAUGAUGGGCGAGCUGCGCCGUCGGGCGCGCCAGGCCUUCGGUCUGCGCAACUGAUGCUUUUACGACUUUGUUUCUGCUCUGGUUAUUGGCGUCCUGUGUUUUCUCUUGUGUGAGUCCCUGAGCGUCUCAUUGCAUUUAGAUGGCGUUAGCAUAAAAUUAGCUCUCGUUCGCUUGGCCCUGGCUCUUGUUCGGCCGAAUGUGAUUGAAUUAGAUGAUCGUUCUAUGGUAUUUUGUAGGUAGC